GCAAACACAGAAAUCAGCAAGCAGCCAGCAGCAUCAGCAGUUUAGACGACUGACAUCGAUCCGCACCGCAUGACGAUGCUGCCCCGCGGCGCCGCGGAUAAAAUCAUCAGCCACACCCUGGCAGGCGCGAUGCUCUCAGGCCUCGGCAUAUGGCACCUCUUCAACCACAUGAGGCUCUUGGUCUCCCUCGCCCCGACGGCCCCGUCGUCCUCAUCGUCGCGCGUCGCCGUCCUCGCGCCGGCAGCAUGGUUCCCGGCGCCACGGGUGCGCCGCCUCGAGCCCAUCGCCAUGCUGGCCGCGGGAGCGUACGGGCUGGCCACCCAGAUGCUCGCCUACUCGCCGAUGCCGUUCCGCGCCGACGGCUCCAUCCCGCCUGAGCGCCUGCCGAACCACGAGCACGCCAUCAUCUACGCCUCGCUCCUCGUCUACGCCGGCUCCGCCAUAUACCUGGACGACGACGACGACCGCGCCGGGCCGCGCCACGCGGCGCCGGCGCCAACGACGCUCUGCAUGCUCCUCCUGGCGGCGCUCUUCGCGCAGGAGCUGUUCGUGUUCCACGUCCACUCCUCCACCGACGACCACGCCGGCGUCGAGGCCCGCCUGCACUGGUUCCUGCAGGCCUCCGCCGCCGCGUGCCUCGCCGCCGCGCUGCUCGGCGCCGCCCGCCUCCCCGCGGACCUCCAGCUCGCCGCCGGCCUCGUCCGCUCCGCGUCGCUCGCGUUCCAGGGCCUCUGGUGCGUCGUCAUCGGCGUCGCGUGGGUCCCCGGGAUGCUUCCCGCCGGAUGCUACCUCGACGGGAGCGGCGUCCACCUGCGCUGCCGCGGCGAGGACAGCCUGCGCCACGCCAUUGCUGUCGUCAACCUGCAGUUCGGAUGGUGCAUGGUCCUCGUCGUCGGGAUUUACGUGUACGUGUGCAAAAGGUAUCCGGCUGGAGCUUGGUCUCAUGGGGAGGUAUACGGACGGCUGCCGGAAGCAGAAGCUGCAGACGAGGACGACGACAGCCACCACCACGACAUGAAGACGCCAAACUGUAAGCAGCUGGCGGCGCACGAUGACGUGCAUGAGUUCACGUCACUGGAGAUCGACGUCUAAAUUAAGAGUCCAUAAAGAUGAUUGCUCACGACUCAAA